AUGGAAAAUGAGGAUCAUGUAGCUAUAGAGUUUGAAGCUAUGCUGGAGAAGGCACAGCCUCUGUUUUCAAACAAAAGUUGCUGCAUCUACAAAGUGCCCCAUGAUAUCCGCCAAACCAAUGAAGAUGCAUACACCCCAAUGGUUGUUUCUGUUGGCCCUCUUCAUCAUCGAAAUCCAAGGGUUUUAAGCAUGGAAAGCCACAAGCAGGUUUAUUGCAGACAUUUCAUUAAAAGAUCCAAGGCAAGUUUGACCGAUUUGAUGAGUUGUGUAAGAGAGUUGGAACCACAAAUCCGUGCAUGUUACUCUGAGAAGAUCGAUCUCACAGUAGAUGAAUUCGUGAAGUUGAUAUUGGUAGAUUGUGGUUUCGUAUUUGAGCUUUUCCUCCGAUAUGAUGAGGGGCCGACAGAGGAUGAUGAUGUUAUCUUCUCAAAAUCAUGGCUGCAGCUUCGGCUAUCCUAUGAUUUGUUGUUACUCGAGAAUCAACUUCCUCUUUUUGUUUUCGUCAAGCUAUACAAUCUUGCUUUUGCUUCUUCCGAUGGUGACGAUGAAUUCCCUUCGUUUAUGGAUCUUUCUUACAGUUAUUUCUCAGCUGAAAAUAAUGUCAAUGACCAAAUAGUGCACUUCACUGAUUUGUGUAGAUACUGCAUUUUAAAACAACGACGACCUUGUGAAAGAAAACAUAAACACUUAGUUCUUGGUCAUAGUGCAUCUGAGUUACUUGAAGCAGGACUGAAGUUCCAAGUAGUAAAUAAAUCAAGUCCUAUUGACAUACUAGACUUGAAAUUUGAACAUGGUGUUCUUACAAUCCCGCAUAUUACUGUAGAUGAUUUCACUGAAGUUUGGUUGAGGAAUACUGUGGCUUUGGAACAGUGUCACUAUCCUGAUGAACACUACAUCACCGACUAUGUUAACUUCCUCAAACAACUUGUCAACUCAAACAGGGAUGCGGAUGUCCUCAUCAAAGGUGGAAUAAUUCAGAGUGAUGUAAGUGGCAGUGACAUUUCAGUGGCUAAGCUAUUUAGAGAUGUUGAUAAACAUAUUCUAUUGGAAAAUUAUAAUGUUAAUUAUCUCCAAAUUUGUGAUGAUUUGAAUGCUUACUACAAACAUCCUUGCAACACUAAAAUGGCAACCCUGAGACGCGAUUAUUUCCCCACUCCAUGGAAGACAGCAGCUUCUAUUGCUGGAAUUAUAUUGCUCCUCCUUUCUGUUAUUCAGACCAUAAUGGAUCCUUCAAGCUCAGAUUGUGUGCUGAAUCCAGGCGAAGUGGAUUAUGGAUCUAACGAAGUUCCUGAGCCUCUCUCGGUUGUUGAUGACGAGCUUGUUCCGAAGGUUGGAAUGACCUUUACCACCCUUGAAGAUGCCGGAAAAUUUUACAGGAACUACGCCAAGGCUGCAGAGGUGUAUACUGGCUGUUUCAUUGGGUGUAUUCUAAGCAUUUGUUGGGGUGUACCUAAUGAUUUUGCAUUCUGGACCAUGGUAAUUCGUUUCAGCAAAGACUCAUUCGAUAGGAAUUGGAACGAUUUUCUGGUGAAUUUUGGUCUUGCGGACAACAAGUGGCUUUCAGGUAAUGUGUUUUUAAAAUCUGCAGCUGAGGUGUAA